UCCCAUGGAUCUAGUCACAUCUCCGUGCGACAGAAAAUGGUUUGGAGCAAACUGGUUAGUUUUAGUGUCAUAGACGUAUUAUGGGCUUUCCUUGCAUCCUGUUUUAUCGUAGCUUUUGUUUUAUAUAAAGUCUUAUCGCAUCUACCAAAAAACUACCAAAAAUCAUAUGGUGUUGUUAUAUUCCAAGACCUUAUUCGCUACGGCAAGACUAAGCAGAACUUCAAACGUGAUGAUUGGCUGCGAGUCUUUGACGUGCCAAAAAGGUGGUUCUGGCACUUUUACGCAGUGUCUGUCUGUUGGAGUGCUUCUCUGCUCUUCUUUUAUACCAACAGUAUCUUCCUGCAUCCUCCACUUCCGUCGUGGUUAACUUGGUUAUCCUCUAUUUUAAUCACUGGAACAAGCAACACUAAUGCAGAAAGAGAGAUCCCACAGAUCACCACUUUGCUGCUGCUCCUCCUGCUUUCGCUUCACUCUCUCAGGAGACUACUCGAGUGCUGUUUUGUCAGUAUAUUCUCCGAUGGAGUCAUUCAUGUUGUACAGUAUCUAUUUGGCCUGGUGUAUUACAUUGUGCUCGGGCUGACAGCACUUUGCUCUGACCAUAUGGCGAAAAAAGACAGUAGCACACUGUUCUCUCAAGUGAAUUGGUGUCACACUGCUGGAUGUGCACUUUUUGUUUUUGCUUCAUUACUGCAGCAUCAGUCCAUGGUCUUGCUCGCAAAACUACGCACUGGAAAAUCAGGAAAUGUUGAGACCAUGGUCCACAAAAUGCCCACAGGAGGAGGGUUUGAGUUUGUGUCCUGUCCACAUUAUUUUGCUGAGGUUCUCAUUUAUAUCUCACUAUGGGUGGCUUCAGGAGGACUAUUUACAUGGGGACUAGUUUCUCUUUAUGUCUUUUUCAACCAAGCACUUGCCGCUCAGCUCUGUCAUGACCUUUAUAAGUGCAAAUUCGAGUCAUACCCAAGACAAAGAAAAGCAUUUAUACCUUUUGUGUUGUAGUCUUGUCUUAUUCAAUAACAUUUUGGGAUGUCAAACAUUUUUGUACAUCAUAAUUUUUCAGCUCUGAAAAACAUUUUCCACAUGGUUACCCCAUUCAUUUGUACAUUCAAACUGAUUAAAUAUGUUUUGUUUUAAAAGA